AUGUCGAGCGACGAAGGUGGAAAGAAGAAAAUUCUUUUUAGUAAGGGCUUUCGUGUAUUUGGCGGGGACAGUCGGCGCUCCAGUGAUUACCAAGAGCUAGUAACCAAAAAAGACGAGAAGAAAGGGAAAAAGCGUCACGCAUCAAUAUCGACAGAGGCUCCAAGCACACAACCUCCUCCACCGAAGUUAGUAGUCAAGUCCAAAAAUACCGAUCAAAAAGCAAUAGAAGAAAAAGAGAAUUUAGACAUGCUCAACUUGUUUAAGUCAUGCAUCUCGAAGUUUGCAACACCUUCUCCUUUAGUCUUUCCCUGUCCUUCUUUGACCAAAUACAAAACUUUGAAUAAGUCGACUAUUCAACAGAAAGAAGAUAUGUUUGAAAUGUGUGGCAAUGCGAUCUAUAGAAUCACGGUGAAGAUCGAUUGCUGGAGUUCUUUAGUUCUAGAGACCGAUGAGUUCUGUGAAACGCAAGAGUCUCAACUGAUUCCUCUCUCCGUCCAGAAAAGUGGCUAUAAUUUGGAGUCAAACUCCGCUUCUAUUAAAAGAAAAAGUAACUUUGAAAGUACUAUUAUAGUCGACGUCGAGUCCGACUUCCCUUUUUAUAAACAGUUCUUCUAUAAAAACCUCAAAGUCCACCAUUACUUGUCUAAAGAAGAACACGUCUUAGUCUCAAUCGAGAAAUUUAAUGAAGUCUCUCGAUGUAUCUACAGAGGGCCAAAGGGUGUUGUAAGGUGUUUGAUAGGGAAGGAUGAGUCCGAGAAACCACAGAACUACGCGAGAUUUUUCUCGGAUCCAAAGUCUGUGACGUGCAUUGCAAAUGACAGUGGCAUUGAUGACAAACUCUGUGAGAUGGAGGAAAUGGCAACAGUCUCACACUACAAAUUUGGAGUGAUAUACGUGAAGCCAGGACAAACCACUGAAGAUCAGAUCUUUAGUAACACAGAGAGUGACUGCUCCCCUGCUUUCUGGAAUUUUUUGAACUUAAUUGGAGCCAAAAUCGAGCUUUCAAAGUACUCGGGAUACCGUGGAGGACUCGACGUCAAAACUGGAUCUACUGGGAAAUACAGUUAUACGUCACACACUAACACUUAUGACAUCAUGUUCCAUGUUGCGCCGUUAUUACCUACUUUAAAGGGAGAUGAACAAGGUCUAGAGAAGAAGAGACACGUUGGAAAUGAUAUUGUGGUGUUGGUCUUCAAAGAGAGAAAUGCGCCAAAAGACAUGUUUGAUCCGCAGAUCAUUACAUCACAUAUGAGCAGCGUGUUUGUUGUUGUGUCUCCACAUAACAUGAAGGCAGAUAAUGAUAUGUAUACGGUUGGAAUAGCUUCUAAUGCAGAGAUAGGUACAUUCCCUCCUUACUUGAACAAAAACGGGUUGUAUAAACACGACAAGAAUCUUAAAGACUUCAUUUUACGAAAAAUGAUUAACGCGGAGAGGUCUGCUAUGCUGACGGGAACUUAUAGAUUAAACGCGCGAAAAGCUCUAAAGGACCAAAUCGACAGCAUUGGUAAAACAUUCUGCAAGUAA